AGCCGCCGCAAAAGGUGAAAUUCUGGUUUGCGACAGGUGGCGCCGGAUUUUGCAUUAGCAGGGCGCUUGCGAUGAAAAUGACACCGGUUGCUGGAGGUGGAAAGUUCAUUACUGUGGGCGACAGAAUUAGACUGCCGGAUGACGUGACGAUGGGAUACAUUAUCGAACACUUGCUCAAGAAGCAAUUAACCGUCGUCGAGCAAUUCCAUUCCCAUCUGGAGCCCAUGAAGUUCCUCAACAAAGACACUUUCGACGAGCAAGUUUCGUUCAGCUAUUCGAAAGGUCCGAGGGACGAGUGGAAUAUUCUCAAGAUCGACGGCUUCGACAUGAAGGAUGAUCCGAAAAGAUUCAGGUCGAUUCACUGCCAUCUGUUCCCGCACGUACCCAAUUGCCCGCACAGAUGAUGACCAGUCGGAUGAUCCAACUCGCAAACAAGAGGAGAAUCGUGCGAUCUCACGUUGCCUCUAACCGCAACGCCCAUCAGUUCACUAGCCGAGAUCGAGAUCGGUUAAUAAAUGUUAUUGUCUCACGUUUUGUACAUAAGGAUUAGGUAUGCGUAAAGAUCGACGUAGAGUUUUUAAAAAAAUUUCCCUUUUUUUUUUUUAAUUUAAAAACACAUAUCUACAAAAGUCUAGUUUUAAUUAAAUAAAUUAGAAUUUUUUUUGCGCAAUGAUCAAAUUUUAACAAAGAAUUUUUUAUAUUUUUUGUCGAAGUUUUAUAUCGUAUUCUCAUUGUAUAUAAGUUGUAUAUCAUUGUAUGAGUAUUCGAUGUUUUUGUAUAUAGGAAAUUUAUAGGAAUACCUGGAGUUAUCGUUCGAAUUUAAUAUUUUUGACAACACGAAAAGUGAAACGAGAUAUUUUUUUUUUCUUUAGGUGUUCGUGUUGUUGAAAAUAUAACGGGAAGAUUGUUUCGAUCGAUAAUACUGGGUGAAUUGGUUGUACUAUAAAAAAAGGAAAUAUUCGAGGAUUAUUUGGCGACAUUCUCGUCGCCGCGUUAUGGAAUUACCUUAAGCUAGUCUCCCGUGUAAAUAAACAGAUGGUCAUACCAUGUGAUAUUUAAUAGGUGUGAGUGGAUUCGUGCUUUUAUGUCGAUUGUGUAGUACCUAUAUGUUUCGAGAAAAUCGGAUACAAUCCCAUUUCUUCCUUCCAUGAGAUAUAUUUAAGAAAGUAAUAAUGAUAGUUUGAUGAAAUAAUUGUUAACGAAGACGCAAAAAUAUCCUUACUCACUUGAUAGGCUAUUUUGAUGAGCAGUAACUUUGACAGAGGUUAGGUUUGUAGAGUCAUGCAUUCUUUAUUCUACAAUAAAUCAGUACUAAAUUGAUUG